AAUGCGUGGUGCUCAUAACUAGAGGUGUUGUUUUUUUUUUUUUUUUAAAACGAGUUUUACUUAUAUAUAAUAACGAUUUAAAAAAUAUAUAUAUAUAAAAAUCAUAUGGACAAGACAAGACCGUAAGAACAUAAUAAUUAUUAUUUAUUUUUUUGCCUCGUCACUUGAAAUACCGUUUUAGUACUUCCGACGGUUGCUAACCAGUUAGCCAUGCUAACUAUCUAGCCUGUAUUCACAUGAAAAUAGUCAAAUAACAGGACAGGAAUAACGCAACGACUAAACUAAUAGACGCAUAUUCAUUCCGUAUCAUUUAACUCUUAAAAUUAGUAUACAUUUACUACUUGAAUCGUCGACUUUUUUGGGUUGGGGAAAAACAACCCGUUUUAAGUGAGCUAAGUUGUUAGCCACAUCACAACAUAACUACGGUGAGGACGGUCACCGGGAGCCUCCCGGUCCCCGCGUUUACAGACGGACAAUUAUGGAAGUGAAAUAACUAUAAUAUAACCAACUCCUACAUUUUAUAUUGUUCAUUAUAUAUAACAUAAAACAUGUCAGCCAGUGGUUUCUCCGACCUGCGGGAAAAGCUGACGUCCAUGACUCCUCACCGGGACAAUUACAAAAACAGAGUUACCGAUAAGGACGACAGUUACAAAAAUAGGAAAGUUAAAGUUACCGACGGAGGUAGUAGUAACGGGAACGGCCGGAAACGGAAGCACCGAGAUUCCUCCGAGGAUGAGGUCGAGCCUGUGGAGUCCCGUGAGCAGGAGGCGAGGCGUGUCCAGAGUGGCAUUGUUCAGGUAGAGGUCUUCUCUAAAGAGGACUGUGAUGUCAUCGAGGGCAAGAUAAAUGAGGUGGUUGCUAACGGAGAAGCGGGGCUUUACCGGGAACACACCGUAGAUCGGGCACCGCUACGGAACAAAUAUUUCUUUGGAGAGGGCUAUACAUACGGGGCCCAGCUAGAGAAGAGAGGACCUGGUCAGGAGAGAUUGUACCCUAAAGGAGAGGUGGACGACAUCCCGACCUGGGUUCACGACCUCGUCAUCACUAAACUGGUCGCCAGCGGGGUCGUACCUGAAGGUUUUGUGAACUCGGCGGUGAUCAACGACUACCAACCAGGCGGCUGCAUCGUGUCACAUGUCGACCCGCUCCACAUCUUCGCCCGGCCAAUCGUAUCCGUGUCCUUCUUCUCGGACUCGGCCCUCUGCUUCGGCUGCCGCUUCCAGUUUAAACCAAUCAGAGUGUCCGAGCCCGUCCUGGAGCUCCCUGUCAGGAGAGGAAGUGUUACUGUCCUCAGUGGCUACGCGGCUGAUGACAUCACCCACUGUAUCCGCCCCCAGGACAUCAAGGAGAGACGAGCCGUCAUCAUCCUCAGGAAGACGAGACCAGAUGCUCCCCGUGUAGACCAGAGCCCCUCCCCUAACCCCUCCCCCCCUGAGAGACACGCCCCUCUGAAGGCCAAACGCUCUCACCGCAGAGCUGACCCAGACGCUGCACACAGACCGAGGGUUCUGGAGAUGGAUAAGGAGGAGAAUCCCUCCUCCUCUUCGUCCCGCCUUCAUCGCCGUAGCAACAGCUCCGAGAACUACUGGAGGCGGAGCCAAGACGGCGACGUGUCACGGAAGGUCAAGAUGCGCGUCACUGAACACCGGACUGGAUGGGCUCAGAGAGAGAGAGAGAGAGAGAGAGAGAGAGAGAGUGAGAGUGUGAGUGAGUGAGUGAGGGCGUUGGAUCGUCAGUCUGUUAAACCCCCCCCUCGGAUGGAUGGAACACGCCACGAGGCUGUCAGCCAAUCAGACACUGGCCUGAGGACAGGGGGCGGGGUUACAUUAAGACUGUGGGAAGUUCUGUUGUUGCUACGCUGCCACCCCCCCCCUGUUGCUACGCUGCCCCCCCCCCCAUGUCCUAAUAAACA